AUUUACAAUAGUUUAACGUGAUACCAUGGCUGAAUUUAAGACACCAGUAAAACAAGUUAAAUCCGUGGAUUCUAAUGAAAAAAUAACUAUACCUCCGUCACCUUUUUUGAAUAGGCUUGGAUAUGGAACAGGGGUAAAUGUAAUGCAACUCGUAAGAUCACCGCGAGCAGGACAAAUCCGAUCACCUUGGGCGCUAAAAAUGCUGAACAAGCGAGUGAAACCCAGUAAAGUAUACACAGAACGUCUUCAGGCGGAAGCGGAUUUGUUACAGAAAAUGUCGCACCCGAACAUCGUUGGCUUUCGUGCGUUUAGUAAGACGAAGAUCUUGUACUUGGGCAUGGAAGCGUGUGAUAUAUCACUCGGAGAUAUGAUUGAGAAGAGAGUCGAGGAAGAUGGAGGUCCAUAUAGUCCAAGGCAGAUUUUAAAGGUAGCCUCUGAUAUCUCAGAUGCUCUGGACUACCUUCACACAAAGAUGCAGAUCCUUCAUGGUGACAUAAAAUCCUUCAACAUUCUCAUUAAUGGAGAUUUCAUUGUUUGCAAGCUGUGCGACUUUGGAGUGACACUGCCUCUUGACGAAAACGGCAUCUUUGAUAAACAGAAGGCUGGCAAAGCAGUGUAUUUUGGUAUGUAAUGGUUUUAUAGAGACUAUUUGGAGUAUUUGCCCAUUUCAAAUGGGAUUGGGCUCCACUUGCUGUGAUCCUUUAUUACCUGUGUAUUGUUUGCCAUUCAAAACAACUAUUUCAGUUUUGCUGUUCAUGUUUAGUGCAGUGAAACUUCUUUUCGCUUUAGAUCACUUGUCACCCAUAAAUUGAACCAUUAC